CCGGACCGGGCCGAGAUGGCGGCGGCUGCGGCGGCAGCUGGGGUGGCGGGGACGACGGCCUGGAGUGGCCUCUUGCGGCUCUGCUUCGUGUUUGGUCUGUCCUUUCUCUCGCUCACCGGGUUGCUGCUGGUGCAGCUUGCGGACUCGGCCAAGAAUUUUGAGGAUGUCCGGUGUAAAUGUAUUUGUCCUCCUUAUAAAGAACAUUCUGGAUACAUUUAUAACAAGAACAUAUCUCAGAAAGAUUGUGAUUGCCUUCAUGUUGUAGAACCCAUGCCGGUCCUGGGACCUGAUGUGGAAGCCUACUGCCUGCGUUGUGAGUGCAAAUAUGAAGAAAGAAGUUCUGUCACAAUCAAAGUUACAAUUAUAAUUUAUCUGUCUAUUCUGGGCCUACUUCUUCUGUACAUGGUCUACCUUACACUUAUUGAGCCUAUCUUGAAGAGACGUCUCUUUGGACAUUCCCAAUUGAUACAGAGUGAUGAUGAUGUUGGGGAUCACCAGCCCUUUGCAAAUGCUCAUGAUGUGCUGGCCCGAUCCCGAAGCCGGGCUAAUGUGCUUAACAAAGUGGAAUAUGCCCAGCAGCGUUGGAAGCUUCAAGUUCAAGAACAGAGGAAAUCUGUGUUUGACCGGCACGUGGUCCUCAGUUAAUCUGAAAUCUGGUACCAAGAUGACUGGAAGGAGAGAAGAAAGGGGAGCUACUGGAAAAACUGCUCCCAUCUUCCUGAUUUUUUUAAACCACUGCUGAGAAAUUUCAGCAAACUUGUUAAAUGGGUCAAAACUGGAAGCAGAAAAAAAGCUUUUUUUAAUUUAAGAAAUAAAAAGUAUUACUGGAAAAUUUUAAAAGCACAUGUCUCAGAAGCCAAAAGUCACAACCAGUUCUUUCUGGCUUUUCCUAAUGAAGCUAAAUCUACCUAUGAAUUAUCUUGAGAUCCUUUCUCUAUGGCAAAUGUUUCCUUCUGUACUCCUUCCUUUCCUUAAUUCUAACAUGUUUUUCAAGACAACUUUCACACUUUUCGCCUUCAGGGGAAGGGAAACAAAAUUUUCACAAGACACUUUAUUCCAUGAACUUUUGUAAAUAGAUGUUUCCUAUUGUAUUUUCAUGCUUGGUCUCAUUUUCAGUGGAGUCAGGCUCUGCUGGAAGUGCUGGCUUGCUCAGUUGAUUUUGUGCACUGACUUUGUCCUAAGCAGAUGAUUGGCUCUUGGCAAUACUUGGUAAGUUAACUGUGAAAUAUUACUGACAGAAAUGCAGAUUUACUUCAGUACUGUGAUGUAGAUAAACUCUCCAGUCUAAUAGAGCAUUCUGGGAUGGAAUGGCCCUUUGCUAGUUUUCUCAGUGACUUGAACAAAUGGUCUUGGUGUAUGUGAUCCUUCUCAUUUUCAUCUCAUGGCCUUAGGGGUAAGAUUUUGAGAUUCAGAAACCAUGUGAAAAAAAUUCAUCUCUAAAACUUAAGCCUCCCCAAAUUGACGGCUUAUGCACAUUCUUCAGCGUUUCCAGUCAUUUUGAGAGGUGGCUGGUGGGCUUUGUUGUGUAUAUCUUUGAACUGUAACUAACUGGACUCUUACCUUUUGAGAGCUGUAACAGUUAUUGGAUAACUGGCUCUUUACUUUCUACAUCCUCUAUGGAAUGUAACAAUAAAAAUUAAUUUUUGAACAACC